AUGAGGUUCAUAAUAAAAAAAUAUACACUUGUCGCAUCGAUAUUGCUUUUGAAAAUUUUCACUACUAUUAAUGCCUUUAAAAAUUGCUAGAUAACUUAGCUUCAGGUAAAUUAGAGCUUGCUAUAGUCUCUGGUUGCAAAUAAUUUAACUAUUAGUGACUAGCCUUUUACCUAUCGUCAAUCAUAUAUUUUUUAGGUAGCUGUAGAGAAUGUUAAUUAUGAAAAUAUUUAGAAGAAAAAUCCAGAAACUGAUAGACUAAAAAGACCAGAUCCUAACAAAAAAGCUAAAUAUCAAUUAAUAGAAUUUGAGAAAGUUAAAGAUUUUUAUGAGAAAAAAAAUGUUUUUCAUUUUGAAGAUAAAAAAAUUAUAGAUAUUGUUGAUAUAGAAUAGUAUUUAGUAGUAGCGCUAAUUCAAGGAAGUUUGAGAUUAAUCAAUAUAAAUAAUUCUACUCUCUUAGAAGACUAAUUUGAAACCAAAGUAAAGGACGUACAGGGAAUCAUGAAUUUCAAAUUUAGAAAUUAAUAAUAUUUUGGAGUUUAUGGAAGAUCUCUAUCAGUGAUGAUGCUCAAAAAUGGAUAAUUGAGCAACUUAUAUAAUGAAACGACGCAGUACGAAAACCCUAUAAAGAAUCUUAUUCAUUCAGAUGGAAAGAUAUAUUAUUUUACAUCAAAACAAAUAGUAAUAGUCAAUCUUUUAAGUUAAGAAAUAGAAAAAAAUAUUAAAUUCAGUGAUUACUAACAAGGAUAUUUAUUUUGGGUGUUUUAAAAUAAUUUGUUGAUAAUUCCAGAUAAUUAAGGUAAUUCUACAUCGACUUAUAUGCUCUAUGAUUAGAACUCUCCUACUAAACCUCAAACUUAACUCAAGCUAAGAAAUGAGAUAUCAAGCAUUAAAUUUGCAAUAUAAUAGUAUCAAGGUUAAAUACUUAUUAAAAACUAAUAGAAUUAAAUAAAGGCAAUAGAAUUUGAUGAAAACAAUAUUUAAGUUAGAGAUUUACCAGAUGAAGCUAUUAAUAUUGGCAUAGAUUACAUUUAAACAUAUCCUCCGAAAUAAAUCCUCUCACUAUCCCAAAGUGAAAAUGGUUACAAUUAAUAUUUAUGCUUUUAAUGUGAAUCUGAUAAAUUUCUCAAAGUGAAUAAUAUUUCUCCUCCUAUUUGCUAAUAAUGUGGUAACAAGUGUUUAGAAUGCAAAGAUGAGUAGAAAUGCACCUUAUGCUACUAGAGCUAUUCGCCUCUGAAUGGAAUCUGCCAGUGUGCUAGUAAAUUUGUAGAAAAUGUAGAAAAAGGAAUUUGUGAAAGAUAUGAAGAAAUGGAUCCUGCUAUAAAAAUAAUUAUAAUAUCAAUAGUUUGUGUUGUUAUUGGAAUGAUAAUCAUCAUUAAAGUUUUGUAAAUCAGAGAGAGAAAGAGAAUAGAGCAGAAACAAAAGUUAUUUAAAAGCACUUUUAAAGACAACCAAGAAGAUGAUGAGAUUUUUAAUAACGAUGAAGAUGGUGAGGAAGAUGGAAAUGAAGAAGAUGAAGAUUAGGAUGAAGAAAAAUUAAGAUAAAACAAUGUUACAGCUCUUUUUGAUAAAAAAAAUCUUAAUAAAUCAUUAAAUUCAAGUGAUAUAAACAUCAAUAAUAUAUCUAUGUCAAAGAAAGCCUAAAAAGCCUCCCAAAAUAAAUCUUUUGUCAAGCCUAAAAGCUAAGGCAAAGCAGUUUAGCUUGAAGAUUUAGAAGAAUAAGUUAAAGAUAGAAUUAAUACUGUAAAUGAAGGAGAUAAUGAAGAUGAUGAUGAAGAAGAGGAAUAAAAGUAAUAAAAUGAAUUAGAUGAUCAUGAUGAAUAUGAAGAGCAUGAAGACGAAGAGCAUGAAGAUGAAGAAUAAGAAGAUAAUGAAGAUAAUUAAAGUGAUAAUUGA